AUGGGCAAGACUACCCCCACAUACAGCCAGUUUGGCUGCAUUGGCUCUGGCUUUUCUGCCAUUGGCCUGGGCGCGACUCUGAAGCGAUGGUACGGCAUCACCGAUAUCCAGUUCUUCGAGAGGCACUCCGACUUGGGGGGCACUUGGUGGGCGAACAAAUACCCAGGAUGUGCCUGCGAUGUUCCCAGCAUCCUGUACAGCUUUUCCUUUGCGCCAAACCCCAAAUGGAGCCAAGUUCUCGCCACCGCCGACGAGCUCUGGCAAUACUUGAAAUAUGUCGCCAACCAGUACGAUUUGGAGAGCAAGAUGACGUUUCGGGCAGAGGUUUCCCGCUGCGAGUGGAGGGAACAGACGAAACGGUGGAGAAUGUACAUUCGAAACUUGGACACGGGCGAAACCCUCGUCCACGAGUGCCAGUUCCUCUUUGGCGCUACCGGAAUCUUGGUGAAGCCUAGACCGUGCGAUAUCCCCGGCGCCGACUCCUUCAAGGGUCCUCUGUUCCAUUCCGCCGAAUGGAGACAGGACGUGGACGUGACGGGCAAGAAUGUCGUCCUGGUAGGCAACGGCUGCACGGCGUCGCAAAUCGUCCCUGCCAUUGUCAACAAGACCAAGCAUCUGAGCCAGUUUGUGCGCUCCAAGCAUUGGAUCAUCCCGCCCAUCAACGUCCCAUACACCAAGUUUUGGCAGACCCUGUUCGAGCAUGUCCCCGGGGUGCUUGCCUUCUUCCGCUUCAGCAUCUUCAUGUACGCUGAAAACGACAUGAGAGGAUUCUUCAUGACCAAGGCCGGCGAGGCAUAUAGGAAGCACUACGAGGGCGUUGCCACCAGAUACAUAAAGAAGACCGCUCCCGCCAAAUACCACGACAUGCUGAUCCCCGACUUUUCCCUGGGGUGCAAGCGGCGGAUCUACGACCCCGGCUACUGCAAGGCUCUGCACGCCACCAACUUGACUGUGUCGCAGGAGCCCAUUGUAGAGAUUGUGCCGGAAGGUGUCCGCACCAGGGACGGGAACGUGACCGAGGCGGAUGUCAUUGUCCUGGCCAACGGCUUCGACACCAAUGAAUUCAUGGCCGGCAUCGAGGUUGUCGGCAGAAGCGGCAAGACCAUCAAUGAGCAUUGGGAAUCCUGGGACGGGCCAGAAGCUUACGCUUGCUCGGCUCUGAAUGACUUUCCCAACUUUUUCAUGCUUCUAGGCAAGUUGCCCCCCCUUAAAACUGUAGGUCCCAACACUGCCACGGGUCACACAUCCACCAUCUUGGCUGCUGAAAACAACAUCAACUACGCCCUGCGAGUCAUCAAGCCGGUUCUCGAUGGAGAGGCCCAGUUUGCCGAAGUAAGGCGCGACGCCGAGGAGAGGUACUCGCGAGAGAUGCAAGCAGCGCUCAAGAACACCGUUUGGUUCUCGGGCUGCCACAGCUGGUAUAACAAGGAGGAUGCGGACGGCAACAAGUGGAAUGCCAUGACGUAUCCCAAGUUUCAGCCGCAAUUCUGGUGGGAGAGCAUGUUCCCCGUGUACAGCGACUGGAUUUAUGAGCCUACUCCUGCUGCCGCUCGUUUGAGAGCCCGACGAAGGUUGUUGGGCCUGGUGCGGUGGGCGUUGGUGUUUGUGGCCGGUUUCGGGGUCAGUCUCGCGGCGAGGAAAUAUUGGCACAUUUUGUCCCAGCUUGGGCCUCUGACUAGGCUUUCUAUUAUGCAGCUGAGACAAAAGUACAAGGUUUAG